AUGGCGCUUAAAGUUUCUCAAAAACAUAGAGAAGAAGGACGACCAAUUUAUUAUUUGGAUGAAACUUGGGUGAAUGCAGUGAAGUUCAAAGGUGGAUGUCACCCUUGCUUCUACGGCGGCGGUUCGUAUGACGACGGCGUGGAGCGUGUUGGACGGAGUAGAGACCCUAUCGGAUCAUCGAUAUAUCCGGGUGUGGGUCUCUACUUCAUUGAGGUGGGGAAUGCAAGGGCAGACACUCCAGAGUCGGGAGAGUUUCCCCCGCUGGUCGAUACGCCGACUGGACCGCCAGAUCGCGGAGGAGGUGACCAUUGUGGAAGGCUGGUGUAUGCCCGCUGGUGGUGUGGAAAAGGAGGAAAGAGCUGGCAGACUGAACCUAAGUCUACGGAGAGUAUCGAAUGCGGCAAUGCCCAAAUGGAGGACGCCGAAGGGGAAGAGGGCGGUCUACUGCUGGACGUCAGAGAUUAG